GUUGCCAAGGUUGAGAAACACUGGCAUAGCAUUUUCACAUGGUGUCUACAACUUCCAAAAAUCAUGUGAAACGGGUGUGCUUUUGAGAAUAGCUGUUGGGUAUUGAUGAAUGCUGCUUUGUCACCUGCAUGUCAUGUCACCCUUGAAACACUUGUCAUAGUUUCACCUUCACUGGUUUAGCAUGUUGCAUAAGUACAAAGUCAAUAAUAACAUCUGCUAUAUAAACUGGCUUAAUUCACAAUCUAAAUGUUUGAUUCACAAUCCAAAUUUAUGUAAGCCAGUUUAUAGCAGAUGUGUUAGAAAUAGUUUAAGAUAAGACUUCUGGUUUGCAGUGUGCAUCUGCAAUCUGUUCCUUGCAAACUUACCAAAAUAAUAAUAACACAUUUUUGACAGAAACUGAGCUUAUUUUGCUUCAUGGCUUGCUAUUAAAAGUGCUGAAAGUAUUAUGUUCAUAAAACCCUAAAGAACUGAAGUUCAAAAUCUGGGUUUUCUGAAAAUAGUAAAUCUCUUACCACAAGACACAAAAAUCUUACUGAAAAUAAAAAAAGCUCUAUAUUGUUCUUUGUUUGACCUAACAAGCUUUUCCCUUCUGAAGGCUAGGAAUGUAAGCCCCUUUGCUUUCUUUAAUCAGAAUCCUGUUGGGAGCCUUUCAAGAGAGCAGGACGUUUGUGAGAAAUUUUAGAAGAUAACAAUUCAUCUUAAAAGGAUUGCAAAAGCUUCUUCUUUCUUUCAGAGUUUAGCACUUGACGUUUCUUCUCAGUUUUCUUCACUCUGCCACAUUUUUGGAAUUAUCCUAUUAUGACCGUGGAAAGUAAUAGUGAGCUUCCAUCAGCCUUUUCACAGAAGGAACACAACAUUAUCGCAGCAUACUUGAUUGCAGCAGGAGUCAUAAGUCUUCUCAGUAAUAUUAUUGUUUUAAGCAUCUUCAUUAAAUUUAAGGAACUUCGAACACCAAGCAAUACUAUUAUUAUUCACCUGGCUUUUACGGAUAUUGGAGUGAGUAGUAUUGGUUAUCCCAUGUCUGCGGCUUCAGAUCUGCAUGGAAGCUGGAAGUUUGGCUACCUGGGUUGCCAGAUUUAUGCUGCUUUAAAUAUCUUCUUUGGAAUGGCAAGCAUUGGUUUGCUUACUGUUGUUGCCAUAGAUCGUUACUGGACCAUCUGCAAGCCUCAAAUAGGUAACAGAUUAACUACUCACAACUACAUUGCCCUGAUUUUUGCUGCCUGGACCAAUGCAGUCUUUUGGGCCUCCAUGCCUGUGGUAGGAUGGGCAAGCUAUGCUCCAGAUCCAACUGGAGCUACGUGUACCAUAAACUGGAGACAAAAUGACACAUCCUUUGUUUCUUACACUAUGUCAGUAAUUGCUGUUAAUUUUGUCGUCCCCUUAUCCAUCAUGUUUUACUGUUACUACAAUAUUUCUCAAACUUUGAAGCAAUAUGCCAGGAACACUUAUAUAGAAAGCAUCGAGGUAGAUUGGUCGGAUCAAGUUGAUGUUACAAAGAUGUCUGUUGUCAUGAUUUUGAUGUUUCUGUUGGCUUGGUCUCCAUAUUCUAUUGUGUGUUUAUGGUCUGCAUUUGGAGACCCAGAAAAAAUCCCCCCCACAAUGGCAAUCAUAGCCCCACUGUUUGCAAAGUCAUCUACCUUCUAUAAUCCCUGCAUUUAUGUGAUCGCAAACAAAAAGUUUCGAAGAGCCAUCCUUGCACUAAUCCAAUGUCAAGUACGACAGGAGGUAACAAUCAGCAUCUUGCCAAUGCAUUUAUCUCAAAGUACAAUUGCAUAAAGAUACAGAUUUAAAGUCUAUCCACUCAUCAUCUUUUUUGCCUUGCAAAGAAAGUUAGAACUACUUCACAUGUAACUAUGUAUUGAUGUAUGAAAUCUUUGUCAUCUGCUGAUUCUUUUUGACUACCAUAUGAUAUUAGAAUGAUGCAUUCCCCAUGUCUUUUGUUUCAUAUGAGGCACAUCUUGGUAUGCAAUUCUGUGCUUUACUGUACAUGGAUAAUGGUUCU